AUGGAGCAACCUUUUAGAACCUUUGAUAACCAAUUAUUAAAUGGAAGCAGAAGAUGGGGGGACGUGCAUAGUGAUCAAAAUGAAGAAAGGAAUAGAAACAACCAAGAUAAUGGAGGAAUAAAUGGAAAUGAGGAGAAUGAUGGAGACUGGAAUAACACAAAUAGAGGUAAUAUUAUAAAUAAUAAUGGAGGAAGUAAUAGAUAUGGGAGCAACCAAAAAAAUAGAAAUAAUGGAAUUAACAAUGACAAUUAUGGAAAUGGUAAUGGUGGAGGUAGAAACAACAAUAAUGGCAAUGGAGGUAAUCAUAGAAAUAACGGAAAUAAUAAUGGUGGUGGAAACAAUUGGAACAAUGGAAAUGGAAUUGAUUCAGCAGAACAACAUGCAGUUAAUGUGAAAAAUAUCAUUGAAGAAUUUGAGGUACCUCAUGAGGAUCUAUUCAUCAAACUAAAAAAUCAUUAUGAGAUUUUGUCUCAUAAACCUAAUACUUUACAACAAGCAUUCAAGACAACUGCUACUAUUGAGAAUAUUAGGAAGGUUUUUUCUGAUGAUGGUGAAGAUAUCCCUUCCUUGAGAAAAUUGUUUCAGGAGGAAGUAGUGCCGUCUUUGAGUAAUUUGACUAAAGAAGAGAAGAAAGCUUCCACUAUUGCAGUUAUAGAACAAGUAAAAAGCAAUUACCAAUUGAGAAAUAGGAAUGUCAACAAUGAGCAGGGUAAGCUAUCAGGUAUUUUUGCUAGGGUCACAAAAUCAAAUGUGACAAAUAACGACACAGCCAAGGGCAAGGAUACAAGUGCCAAGAAAGGGAAGGAACCAAAAUAG